AUGCCACAAUGGCAGUUUUCUUUCAAGAAAUGCCACAAACUCGACUUGAAGAGACGAAAAUACCCUUGGCCAGACGGUUCGGACUACCCAUGCGCAAGUAGAAGGCGCUUGACGGUUUUUGAAUUAAACCGCUUGUCCCUUCGGAAAGAAUCUACAAACCUAUACGCUAAAGUGGUGGCAAUGAAGAAACCACAAUUGAUUGGAGUAUCAGAGUGUCUUGGGACGGCAUUCCUCGAAUACGCAGAGGGUUGUCUGCCAGGAUUGCAGAAAAUGUCUUCAUCAAAGAAGGAGACCAAAUCCCAGAAAAGGAAGAGAACCACCGAGGACACAAAUCGUGUCGACCAAACUCUACUACCGCAACGGUUAUACGCGACGGAUCGGUAUCCACCAUAUGGGAGAAUCAAUUCGUAUUCUAAACCGGAAUAUUUGCUAGAUCUGGUCGAAGCCCUGGAAGGUACAGAUGAAUACUGUUGGGGUCGGAUUUCACCCGCUCAACGUUGA